AUGCCCACCAUCCUGCUCCUCCUGGGGGCUCUGCUGCUCCCCUCGCUCCGAGCAGCAUGUCCAGAUAUGCAGCCUGGACUACAAACAUGGCUGCCAGGGCACAGCGAGCACCACCGCGUCACCAUUGGGCGCGGCCAGAAGGUCCUGCUCCGGGCCUCAGCCACCGUCCACUCCCUGGAGAUCCAGUCUGGAGGGAUGCUGGUGAUCGCAGACUCUCACCGGCCGCUGCUGCUGAGGACCAGACACAUCCUGAUCGGGGACGGAGGCCAGAUGCACGUGGGCAGCACUGACUGUCCUUAUAGAGGAAACCUGACCAUCUCCCUCUAUGGAAGAUCUGAUGACCCAGACGCGGAGCACAGUUACUUUGGUCAGAAGUACAUCGGCGUGGGGACGGGGGCCACGCUGGAGAUCCAUGGGGCCCCCAAACUCUCCUGGACCUUCCUGAACAAGACCCUGGUGCCGGGUCAGAGCAGCAGCAACCAGACCUACUCCUUCCAGAGGGGCUGGGGCCACAGGGGCCUCAUCGUGCACCUGCUGAGCCCCCGCAGCGGACAGGUCCUCCGGGACGACAGGUUUGACACGUACCGCAGUCGGAACGAGAGUGCUCGUCUGGCUCGCUUCCUGGACGCCGUGGAGCCAGGGACCAUUGUGGUGAUGGUGGUGAACGACGAGGCCUCCAACAACCUGGAGGACGCCGCCAAGAGCCACCUGAGCCAGCUGGGGAGCCGGCACAUCCGCACGCUAGGGUUCAGACACCCCUGGGCCCUGAUCGCUGUGAAGGGAGAUCCGUCAUCAGCCGUAGAGGACCACUCUGUCUAUCAAGGGACCAAGGCGUCAAGCGAGGCCCACGUCUCUCACACGUUCCACUCCAGAGAGGGCCAGUCCUUCAGCGUCACGGCCUCCAGUCAGUGGGUGCAAGAAGCCGAGUGGACCGAGUGGCUGAGCAGAGACGACCAGCGAGGUUCUGGAGACUGGGAGAAGCUGUCGGACCUCCUCAAGGCCUUCCCCCAACGUCUGUGCUCCAACCCCCUGGACAUACAGGCUGAGACCACAGAGGGAGUCCCGGCUGAGCAGAGUGGAGACAUCAUCCAUAAGAAGGACAAGGACUAUGGCUUCGUUUGCCUCAACAAGGACCAGCCUCAUGGGACGUGCCAUGACUACAGCGUCCGCUUCCUCUGCAGAAAACUCGUGCGCCCCCAGGCCUACAUUUCCAUCGACUCCCAGUCCAACAGCAGUGUCCUGGAGCUGGCAGACCCCCCUCAGGGCUGGGGGCCUGGGGACCGUAUCGUGGUAGCCAGUACGGACUACUCCAUGCACCAGGCCGAGGAGUUCACAGUUCUGCCCUGCCCCAGCUGCACUGGCAACCAGAUCAGAGUGGCAGGCAGCGCACGCUUCCUCCACGUGGGCGAGUGGAUGGACGGCGUGGACAUGAGGGCUGAGGUGGGCCUUCUGACCCGGAACAUCCUGCUGAGAGGAGAGAUGCAGCCGCGGUGCUACGAGGAGGGCGCCUGCAAACACUUCGGCUUCGACACCUUCGGGGGACACCUGAAGGUGGAGAGGGGCUUCAGGGCCAUGCAUGUGUCUGGGGUGGAGCUCCAGCACAUGGGGCAGCAGACCAUGGGACACUACCCCAUCCACUUCCACAUGAACGGAGACGUGGACGAGAAAGGAGGCUACCACCCCCCCACCUCCAUUCAGCACGUGUCCAUCCACCACGCCUUCUCCCGCUGUGUCACCAUCCACGGCACCAACGGCCUCCUGGUGAAGGACGUGGUGGGCUAUGACACUCUGGGACAUUGCUUCUUCACGGAGGACGGCCCUGAGGAGAGGAACACGUUUGACCAUUGCCUCGGCCUCAUGGUGCGGGCUGGGACCCUCCUACCCUCUGACCGGGACGGGAAGAUGUGUCGCGACAUCACAGAGGACGCCUAUCCCGGCUAUGUGGCCAAUCCCCGUCAGGACUGCAGUGCCACGUCCACUUUCUGGAUGGCCAACCCCAACAACAACCUGAUCAACUGCUCCGCUGCAGGCUCCGAGGAGACUGGCUUCUGGUUCAUCUUCCACCACGUGCCCACAGGCCCUUCAGAAGGCAUGUACUCCCCCGGACACACCGAGCACACCCCCAUGGGCCUAUUCAUCAACAAUCGAGCACACUCCAAUAACCGGGCCGGGAUGAUCCUGGACCAUGGAGUGAAGACCACCAAAGCCAACAACAAGGACAAGCGGCCGUACCUGUCUCUGGUGGCCUCCAGGUAUAGCCCCCACCAGGAUGCGGACCCCUUCAAACCUAGGGUCCCCGCCCGGAUCCACCGCUUCAUCGCCUACAAGAACAUGGACCAGGGCGCGUGGCUGCGAGGAGGCGACGUGUGGCUGGACGACUGCCAAUUUGCAGAUAACGCCAUCAGCCUGACUCUGGCAAGUGGCGGCACGUUCCCGGAUGACGACGGCUCGCACCAACAGGUCAUAAACUCGUUGUUUGUGGGAGAGAGCGACAACAGAGGAAGCUUCCAGGCUGGUAGCGUGUGGGGCCCCGGGGGCCCGGACAUGAAGGGCCGCUCCCUGCCCCGCGCCCGAGACUUCCCGCUGCGUGGGAUGCAGGUGUACGACGGUCCCAUCCGCGUCCACAACUGCACCUUCCGGAAGUUCAGCGCUCUUGACGGACGCCACACAAGCGCCAUCGGCUUCAGGCUCAACAACUCGUGGCAGAGCUGUCCCACCAACAACGUGUCCCAACUCAGCUUCCAGCAAGUUCCGCUGUCGUCGCGCCUCUUCUUUGGGGAGGUGGGCCCCUGGUUCAGUCUGAUGCAGAGGGAUGGGGACAAGACCACGGUCCUCCACGACACAGAUGGGUCCCUGAGCCAGUACCCGGGCUCCUACCUCGUCAAAGAGGACAACUGGCUCCUGCGCCAUCCUGACUGCAUCGAUGUGCCCGAGUGGAGAGGCGCCAUCUGCAGCGGGCACUACGCACAGAUCUACAUACAGAUCCGAAACCCGGCUGGCCUGCUGCUGCACAUGGUCAGGGACGAGUACCCAGAUCGCCCCCUGACUCUAGAAGGCGCUGUGGCCAAGAAGAAGCACUACCAGCAGUUCCAGCCCGUGGUGACGCUGUAUAAGGGCUACACGCUGCACUGGGACCAGGCUGCCCCUCAGGAGGUCAUCAUAUGGGUCAUCAACUUCAACAAGGACGACUGGAUCAACGUGGGCCUCUGUUAUCCUCGCGGCACCACCUUCACCGUCAUCUCCGACAUCCACGACCGCAACACCAAAGUCACCCGCAAGACAGCCACCUACGCCCCCACCAGCAACCGGGACAAGCUGCAGCACCCACACCCCACCAGGGGCUACUACUACUGGGAGGAGCAGACCGGUCUGCUCUUCCUGAAGGUCCUGGCUCAUAACCACAGAGAGGGCUUCUCCUUCUGCUCUCUUAAAGGCUGUGAACGGAUAAAGAUCACUGCAGUCAUCCCCAGAAACAGUCCACCCAGUAACUGCAUGUCCCGGGCCUACCCCCUGCACUCAGAGCUCCCCCUGGUGGAGCUGCCCAUGCCCCACAAACUGCCUGACAACAAAGUGUCCUCCUCUGACCACUUCCUGGAGAUCCGUAUGGAGUCCUACAACACUCGCUUCUUCCACAUCAAAGACGAUUUUGCUUUCACCGAGGUGAACGGUAAGAAGUGGUACCAAGCCGAGGAUGGCGUGCAGGUGACGGUGGCGAGCGGCCAUGAUGGAAAGGUGGUGGAGAGUACGAGCUUCAAGACGGCCGUCCUCCAGGGCAUCCCCGCUCAGAUCCACAACUACAUCCACCAGCUCCCCGACAAUUCCAUUGUGCUGAUGACCACAAAAGGGCGCUCCGUGACCCGUGGCCCCUGGACUAAAGUUCUACAGACUCUGGGAGCCGACUCCUCUAUCAAACUGCGAGAGAAGUUCAGCUUCAUCGGCUUCAAAGGCCCCUUCGUCCCACACUGGGUUCAUCUGGAGACCGACUCUGAACGAGCCAAGAUCCACCAGGUGCUGCCUGUCCCUGUGUUCCACAUGAAGAAGCUGUGA